AUGUCGUCGACUGACCCCGCACAAAAGCAGGCCCAGCAGCAACCACAGGCUGCCCGGGGCCACCACACUGCUGCUGCUCCCGCCGCCGCCGCCGCUGCCGCUGCCGCUGCCGACGACGACCAAGACGACCUCGACGACCUCGAUGACGUCCUCGACGAGUUCAACAAGCCGCAGCCCUCGACGUCCGCCACGGCCGGCCCACCCAAGUCGCAGCCUCCGCCCCCGCCCUCGGACGCCAACCCGUCCUCGUCGUCGGCGACAGCACCCCUCGCGGCGCAAGGCGAGACCGACGAGCUCGAUGCAGACGGCCUCGACGACAUCCUCUCGCAGGACUUUGCAAAGGAGCUCGCCCAGGGCAUGGAGGCCCUCAUGAAGGAGCUCGGACAGGCAAACCCAUCGGCAUCCGGAGCAGCCAAGGCGGGCUCUGCAUCCGCAACAGGCGCACAAGACCCGCAGUUCAGCGAAGAGGAGCUCAUGAAGCAGUUUGAGCAGAUGAUGGCCGGCUUCUCCCAGCCCUCGGCAGCACCACCGUCAGCACCAGCAGCAGCCGGGCCAUCCUCAUCGACAGCCCAACAGACUGGCACGCAGCAGCCGCCCGCCAACUUCAACGACGCGCUCAAGGCCACCAUGGACCGGCUCAAGCAGUCGGACGCCUCGGCCACGGCAUCCUCGAGCAGCGCCGGCGCCGACCCCUUUGCCGCGCUCGGCGGCGCAGGCGGCGACGACAUGGCCAAGCUGCUCGCCGCCCUCGGCGCCGGCGCCGGCGGCGACGGCGACGACGGCAUGGACAACCCGGAGCUCGCCAAGAUGCUCGAGGGCAUGAUGGACGAGCUCAUGAGCAAGGAGAUCCUCUACGAGCCCCUCAAGGAGCUCCGCGACAAGUACCCCGCCUACCUCGACGGGCCCGACUCCAAGGGCGACUCGCCAGACGACCGCGCGCGCUACCAGGCCCAGCAGAGGUAUGUCGGCGAGAUUGUGGCCAUCUUUGAGGACCCCAAGUACGACGCCAAGAACAGGGACACGACGGCCCGCAUCCAGGACCUCAUGAACCAGAUGCAGGAUUGCGGAUCGCCGCCGCAGCAGAUUGUGGGCGAGAUGCCCGCCGAGCUGGAAAACAUCCCGGGCUUUGGCGGCGACAACGGCGAGUGUACCAUUAUGUAA